GGAUGGAAAGCGUCCGGACUGACACUGUCCACUCCGUCCAAUGAGUGCGCCAAGCUGUUUGACGGUGCUCUUCGACAGAUCGUCUCAUGGUCAGAUUGUGAAGUACUUGGAGGCUUUAUCAAGACACUGGACGACAUGAAAGCUGCUGAUCCCAAAGCAGUACUUCCACGAGCGUUUCGACUCGGUCUGGAAGGUCUUGGUACUGGCACAUGUACUCGCGUCAACGAGACCUACAAAACGAAUCUCGACCAGGUAUACGCUGAUGCUCAAGCUUACGGUAACCCAAGAGAACUGAAACAUGCCAGAGCAGUCCGACUGUGGGGCCAAGGAAAGAUGAAGGAUGCCACAAAUAUCUGGGAAGAGAUUCUCACCGAAUAUCCGACUGAUUUAAUGGCAAUCAAAUUCGCCCAUGAUGCGUACUUUUUUAUGGGCGACGGCAAAGGAAAACGUGAUUCGGUCAAAGCUGUGAUACCGAAACAGAAGGGAACCGAACCGUGCUACAGGUAG